AUGUCUCAGAAUAUCAGUACUGGAGGUGUAUCAAGUUCUACAUCAACUUCUAGUGUUAUAAUUCCUCUACCAAAUGAAAUAUCUAAAGGUAUAAUACAGAAUCAGCCUGGAAUAAUAGUCAGUGGUGAUGCUCAUCAUCAACAGCAUCAUCAUCGUCAUCAUCAUGGCCAUCACAAUCAUCAUCACCAUCACCACAAUCAUAAUCAUCAUCAUCACCACCAUCAUCAUCAUCGUCAUGGUGGGAAUCAUCGUAAUCGAGGUCAUUUAAAUCAUCAUGGACAUAGUUUAACGCAUACAAUGACAAGAGUUGUAGAAAGUAGACGAUAUCUAAUGUUUACAAAAUCAUUACCAUUUUGGUCAGCUAAACAAUAUAUGGAAACACAUGGGACUGGAAUGGGUGAAUCAGAAACCUAUGCUAUACUAUUUCAACACACACCAUGUUAUGAUUUAGUGCCUGACAGUGCUAAACUUCUUUUAUUGGAUAAUCAAUUAACUAUAGACAAAGCAUUUAAAGCACUUAUUUAUAAUGGAAUACGUGCUGCACCAGUAUGGAAUUCAGAAAGUCAAAGUUUUAUUUCAAUGCUUACAGUUACUGAUUUUGUACAAAUGUUAAAUUAUUGUUGGAAUCCACCUGUAAUAUCGAAUAAAUCAGAUGCUAAAACUAUGCAAAUUGAUGAUGUUGAUCAAAUGACAAUACAAAAAUGGAAAGACAUUGUCAUAGCUGAUAGAACCCAUCGUUUAUCGCUACAAUUAUCUUCGUCAACGAAUAAAUACUUUAACAAGUCUGUGAAUAAAUCACGGAAUAGUAUAGCUUUGACAACAUUAUGGCCACCAUCGAAUUGUGGCAGUAGUACAUCUUCGUCUUCGUCGUCAACAUCAUCAUCAUCAUCGGCAUCGAAUUCAAGAUCAUCUAGUGCUGAUAGCAGUAGUGGUAGAAGUAAUGCUAGUCGUAGUAGGAGUAGAAGCAGCGGCAGUGGAAGCGGUAGCAGUAGUCGAAGUAGUAGUAGCAGUCGUUCAAGUAUCACAUCUUUACCUGCAGCUCUUCCAACAAUCAAACUGUCAUCAUCAGUAUCGUCAGUAUCAAAUCAAAGUGUACAAAAUAAGUCAGCUAAGAGUACAACAGAUAUAAGCAAUAAUAAUAAUAACAAUGAGCGUGACAACGUUGUUGAUGAGACAAGAGCCAACGAUACCACUACUACUAAUAAUAAUAAUAACAAUAAUUCAUCAGAUACUCUAUUUCAGACAUCCUAUACACCAGGACAAACUAUUUUUCCAUCACGUUUAUUUAUUUGUGAUCCAGAAGAAUCAAUAUUUAAAGCGUUAAGAUUAUUACUACGAUUUCGACUGCAUCAUUUACCAAUUAUGGAUUCAGCAUUCAAUGGAAGUGGGAAUAUAUUAUAUGUACUUACACAACGGAAAUUAUUAUCAUAUAUGUUUGAAAAGCUGGAUAAAUUACCUCAACCAAGAUUUUUACAAUCCAGUCUAAUAGAUCUUAAUAUUGGUACGCAUGGAUCUGUGUUAAUGAUUACACUGUCGACCCGAUUAGCUGAUGCUGUCUUACUAUUUCGUGAUAAUUAUAUCACUACACUACCAGUUGUUGAUUCAAUUACAAAUCGUCGAUUAAUUAAUAUCUUUUCGAAAUUUGAUGUAUUCACACUUAUAUUGAAUGGUGCUUAUAAAAAUCCUGAUCUAACUAUUAAAGAGGUACUUGAAAUAUGCAAGGGAAAUACUCAAUCUACUGUUGGCUCACAAAGUAAACCACCGGUUGAAGUGUGUCUUGUAACAAACAAUUUACUUUAUGUUAUGGAGAAAUUGGUGAAAACUGGAUAUCGAAGUCUUAUUAUCGUGAAUAAUACAAAUGAAUAUCGUGUCGAUGGGAUAAUCAGUAUAUCUGAUGUACUACGCUUUACGGUAUUACAACAAUUACGUAUGACAUCAACACGUUUACAACCACCGUCUGUUGCAGAAGUGGCUGAUGAAUACGAUGAAUUGAAACGUAAUGGUGGAAGUAAGAAGAAGAAGAAAGGGGAAAAAGAUAAAUCGGGUGAAAAUUUAAAGCCUACUACAAAUACUACUACUUCAACAACAACAACAAGUAAUCCGCCUGUCAGCAGUAGUAGUGGUUGUUCAUCUCAAACAAAAAAUAAGAAGAGCAGUAAUAAAAAGUCAACGACAACGACGAUGGCUACUACUACUACUAAUACGAUAACAACGAUGACACCGACGACAACGGGGACAACGACAAGUCGUAAUUCACCAAUUACUACAACCAUCACAACAGCGACAACAAAAACAUCAAUCACAAUUACAACUGUUCCUGGUGGUGUUACAUCAAGUCCAGAACAUGUUGCCGGCAUACAUUCAAGUGUACCGUCUAUACAUCAUGAAAAGAAGAAACAUACUGCAAAGGGGACAAAAUUGGAUAAUUCUGUUAAACCACAAUCAUCUGAUACUACUGACAGUCGAAUAAACAAAUCAUCAUCAAAACAAAAAGUUGAUAAUGAGAAGAAAAUUGCUCCACCAUCAGUGAAUAUUAUUUUAACAACACCACCAACAACGCCGACGACGCAUAGUAACAGUACUAAUUUAUGCCCUAGUGAAAAUAUUAUCUUACCAAAAAUUGUAUCAGAAGAAAUUAUUUAA